AUGGCGACCAAAAUCCACAACCCCCAGCUCGAGCACGCGGUGCUCCUCCUCCAGAAAUAUGUGCCCGACACGAUUAGGGAUAACUGGCGCGUUCUAGGCACCACGGCGAUCAUGGUCGGCCUCGUAUUGUGCCCCGUCGUCGCCUGGGCCAGAGAGUCCUACCAAUCAUACAUGGACGUCGGACCGGGAGGAAUGCCGUACAACGUCUUUGGGUGGAUGCUCCAAGGCGCAACACAGAUCGUCGCACGACACGACACCCGCGACCACGAACCCUUCUCCGAUCCCAACUUCCGCGCGUCCCUGGGACGGCACGGAACAAAGAGCUUCUUGUCGGGACACCUCCCGGACCGCAAGGGGGAUCGCCCCGUCGUUCCCGGGUUUGUGGCGCCGCAGCGGCAGAUGAGCGACCGCGGGCCCCGGAACGCCGAGAUGAAAGGCCGCCUGGUCGCCUACCAGGAGGAUAUCGCCCAGGCCAACCCGGAGCUGGUCUUCGUCGAUGUGUCUCGACUCGAGGGCGUUGGAAACCCGAGCGAGCAUGCCGCGCUGUGGUUCGCCGUGAACCGCGAGCGGGUCUUUCCUCACUACCUCAGAAAGACAAAGGGGGAGUUCGCGCAUGUGCACCCUGAGGCUACGAUGCACGUCACGCUGAGUCUGGCCGAUGCUGAGGAGGUUGUCAAGAAAGGCUGGGGCGAGAGGCAUCCGCUGAGUGGGGUGAGGGGAUUUUGGCCGAUCACGUAUGUCAUGAUCUAUGCGCCGAGGGAUGACGCUGAGCUGGAGGUCUGCAAAAAUGUCGUUGACGCCAGUGUGCGUUUCGUAUGUUGCGGUGGUCCUGAGGUGCGAAAGGUCUGA